CGUGUAAACAACAGUGGAUGAAAAAAGAGAAAUCAAAGGGGGAGGAGAGAGAAACAAGAAGAACGAAACCAGAUGUUUGACGAGGAAUGAUUUGAUCAAAGCGUUGAUCUGAAUAACGCUGGAUCACUAGCGUGUCUCGUGGGAUUAAGACAUCUAUUCUCCAUCUUAUUCUAGUUUUGGUUAACAACGGGAAGACAAAGUGCUCGAUUCAAAUGGGGAUUUGCUGGGGUUCUCCAGUUGACAACCCAAGCACCGCCAGCACAUCUGAUCACCUUAGUGCAGCUACAACGGGAACAUCCCGGACUACUAGCAAUACUACGACUGCUACUACAUCUUAUGGGAGUGGAAGCAUCUCCAUAAAUAGCCAGUUUUCCGAGUCCAUUGGCGGUGAAGCUUCUCCAAAUGGGCAGAUUUUGCCUACUGCAAAUUUAAGGAUAUUCUCUUUUGCGGAAUUGAAGGCUGCAACUAAGAAUUUUAGAGUUGAUACAGUACUUGGAGAGGGAGGUUUUGGAAAAGUCUUCAAGGGUUGGCUUGAAGAAAAGGCAACGCCAAAAAGUGGAAGUGGAACGGUCGUUGCCGUUAAAAAAUUGAACUCAGAGAGCUUACAAGGAUUUGAGGAAUGGCAGUCGGAAAUAAAUUUUCUAGGACGGCUUUCUCAUCCUAACCUCGUUAAGCUGUUAGGAUACUGUUGGGAAGAAAAUGAGCUUCUUCUCGUUUAUGAAUUCAUGCAAAAGGGCAGUUUGGAAAAUCAUCUAUUUGGAAGGGGUUCUGCUGUUCAACCACUUCCAUGGGAAAUUAGGCUUAAGAUUGCAAUUGGAGCAGCUCGUGGCUUGGCAUUCUUACACACAUCUGAGAAAGUAAUUUACCGUGAUUUCAAGGCCUCCAAUAUAUUGCUCGAUGGGUCUUAUACUGCUAAGAUUUCAGACUUUGGUUUGGCAAAAUUGGCACCUUCAGCUAGUCGGUCCCAUGUAACAACAAGGGUGAUGGGCACAUUUGGCUAUGCAGCUCCUGAGUAUGUGGCAACAGGGCAUCUAUACGUGAAGAGUGACGUGUAUGGAUUUGGAGUUGUUUUGGUUGAGAUACUGACAGCCCUUCGAGCACUGGAUCAAAAUCGACCUAGUGGCCAACAUAAUCUUGUGGAUUGGGUGAAACCAUACUUACAAGAUGGAAGAAAAUUGAAGGGCAUAAUGGAUUCACGAUUAGAGGGAAAGUAUUCAUCCAAAUCUGCAUUUCGUAUAGCUCAACUUGCUUUAAAAUGUCUUGCAUUAGAGCCUAAACAUCGGCCAUCAAUGAAGGAAGUCCUAGAGAACUUAGAGCGGAUUCAAGCUGCUAACGAUAGGUCUGUGGAGCCGAGACCUCGUUCUACCCGUAGUAUGGCUCCUCAUCAUGCUUCUCGACCCUUGCGCCCUCAAUCUCACUAAAUCAAACAUUCCUUACCAUUAGUUCCAUUGUAUUAUUUGUAUCUCCAAUUAAUUAAAGCAAAUCUCAGUUCUCCAAUUUCUUUCUAAUAUAGUGAGAUUUGUAUUGUUGAAUUAUGUCUUACUAAUUCUGUUUAUGUAAUUGAUUACCGACAAGGGAAAAAUUGUAGUUUCCAUUUAAUAUUUUAAUCCUUGAAUUUGUGUUUGAAUUA